AUGGUAGGAGUCAAUAAUUUCGCUACGCCCCUUGUAUUCGCUGUGAAGCCGCUGUUGUUACCUCGUGAGCAUGAGUCCUAUGGUUUGUCGACGACAAUAGGUGGUUGGUUUGGUGACGGAUUGCUACUGCAGUUGACGCAACGCGAUAAGGAGCUCAUAAGGGAAGGAGCAGACAGACCAUUAGACCUGCCGUAUAAACGCUAUGAUCUUCGCCCAUGUAAUGACUGGGAUGUGUUGGUGAUAUGUAAUGUUGGGUCUGAGGGGAUUGUCAACAACUUAUGA